GUGAGGGCGGGUUGAGGUGAAGCCGCCAAAGUCGUACAUCCCCGCGGCAGCGCAGAAGAAAGACUAGGGACCGCAACGGCGUGGGCUGGCUCCGCGCUCGCCGCCGGACCAUUGCAACUUUGUUUCCCUUCGAGGUCUGUCUGCGGGAGCCCGGAGCCAGCCAGCCUAGCUCCACAAAGUUACUGGAAGGGGGCGGGCGGGGGGAAUGGGGGGAGGAAAAGCAAAGAAAAUGGCGAGUCAUGGGGCUAAAGUACCGGGAUCAGCUCCCUUCUUCUUGCUGCUGCUGUUCCUCACUUGGAGUUGUGGCUGCGCCCAAGCGGAGGAGGAGAAGGAGGAACAGCGCUCCUGCCACGGCGCCUUCGAUCUCUAUUUCAUCUUGGACAAGUCAGGCAGUGUGAGACAUCACUGGACAGAAAUUUACUCCUUUGUGGAAAGUCUGGCUGAAAAAUUCAUAAGCCCAAUGUUGCGGAUGUCUUUCAUCGUCUUCUCCUCCAAGGGAACUACCAUCAUGAAGUUGACAGAAGAUAGAGAAGCAAUACGUCGAGGUCUAGAGAUCCUUCGGUAUGAAGUACCUGGAGGAGACACAUUCAUGCAUAAAGGAUUUGAAAGGGCAAAUGAGCAGAUUUACCAUGAAAACUAUGGAGGUCUCCAUACUGCCAGUGUAAUCAUCGCCCUGACUGAUGGAGAGCUACAGGAGGAGCAAUUUUAUUUUGCAGAGAAAGAAGCAGACAGAGCCAGGGCCUUUGGGGCUAUUGUCUACUGUGUGGGAGUAAAAGAUUUCAACGAAACACAGCUGUCAACGAUUGCUGAUAGCAUUGACCAUGUGUUCCCUGUUACGGGUGGAUUUCAUGCCCUUCGAGGCGUCAUUGAUUCUAUCUUGAAGAAGUCCUGCAUCGAAAUCUUAGCAGUGGAGCCAUCAAGUGUGUGUGCAGGAGAGUCCUUCCAAGUGGUGGUACGGGGCAAUGGCUUCUAUCAUGCGCGGAAUAUUGACCAAGUUCUCUGCAGCUUUAAGAUCAAUGACACCAUUACUAUUAAUGAGAAACCAACAGUUGUGCAAGAUACCUACUUAUUUUGUCCUGCACCAAAGCUGGAUGAGAUUGGACAGGUGGUUUUUCUCCAAGUCAGCAUGAACAAAGGACUCACCUUCAUCUCCAGCUCAGUCAGUAUCACCAGCACCAAAUGUCUCAGUGGAACAAUUCUCUUCGUUGCCCUGUUGAUUCUGUUUCUGUUACUGGCCCUGGCCCUUCUCUGGUGGUUCUGGCCUCUUUGCUGCACAGUGGUGAUUAAGGAACCACCCCCACCUCCACCCCCACCAGCGGACUCAGAUGAAGAAGAUGGAUUGCCCAAAAAAAAGUGGCCAACAGUGGAUGCCUCUUAUUAUGGUGGCCGAGGAGUUGGAGGGAUUAAAAGAAUGGAGGUAAGAUGGGGAGACAAAGGCUCAACAGAGGAAGGGGCCAAACUGGAAAAGCCCAAAAAUGCUGUCAUCAAAUUACCAGAACAAGAAUUUGAGCCGUGGGAGCCUAAACCAAAGAAGCACAGCAGGAAAGAACUUCCUUCACAGAGAAAAUGGUAUACUCCCAUCAAGGGCAAACUGGAUGCUUUGUGGGCAUUGGUUCGACAAGGGUAUGACCAAGUAUCACUUAUGAGACCCCAGCCAGGAGACAAGGGAAGGUGCAUCAACUUCACCCGAGUGAAAUCCGAUGGCAAACCAACGGCCUUCAAACAGCCCCCCAGACCACCCCCCAGUCAUGAGAGUGUCCCCCUCAACAACGCCCCAAGGGGCCCUCCUCCCCCCACAGCAUCUCUUCAGCCUCCCUCCAGGCAGCUGCCUCCUGUUCCCCCUCCUGCACGGCUGCCCCCAGGACCCCCACCAUCCCGCCCACCCCCUCAGCCUGACUUUUAAAACUCCAGAGGAACCAAGAUUGACAAAACCAAGUUCUUUGCUGAAUUCAAUGUAUUUAUUGAGUCUUGGUUUACAGUUGAAAAACAUUGGAAUUUGUUGCUGGUCAGCAAAAAAAAAUACAUGUGUCAAUUUACUAUAUGAAAUAUUUUUAUAUAUCACCUAUAGUGAGUGGAUUUAUCAGUAGAUAAACCCAGGUAUCUGCCUUAAUGUAUAUGUGGGUACUUAAGUCCCUAUCUAUAUACCCAAUUAAUGUAUAUACCUGGAUUGGUCAUCCACUCCUAAUGUUUCCUCAUUACUCACAAUUCCAGAAUAAGAGCAUUAAGAAAUUAAAAGAAGAAAGACAUUUCCUCAGAAGGUUCAGAAAAACUCUUUGGGCUGUGAACUUUCUUCUUCACACAAAGAGAAUUCUUCUCUCCCCAAAUAUUUCAAGUCAAUCCCAUUGACCGACCCUUCUUCAUUAUUCCACAUGCCCAGUUUCUACUGACAUGAUCAAGAAUUCUUCUAUAUGGUAUGGGGCAGCGAGCCCCCUUGUAGGGUGAAUUGGACGGCAAUUGCUUCUGCCCUCUCCCCAUUUAUAGAGAGAUUAAUUCAGAUGAUCUAAACCACAUCCACACUUUUCACUUUGAUCCAAUCACAGUCAUUUUCAGUUCCACUGAAAAAGAAGCAAGCCUUUUCCUUAAUUUUUGCCAUUGGUCAUCUUCAAAGAAAGCAGGCUUUCUGGGAAAGGAUAGUUCUAUCUCAGAGCACAUCACCCUCAUCGGUGUGCAUGUGUGUAGGGGGGAGUGUGCCUGGUGUUGCCCCAUGCAUACAAAUAUACCAAGAUUUCCUGACGUGGGAUUAUGCGAAGUAACUCAAGGGUAUUCCAGGAAGGGAAAACUACAAUGAGCUGCGUCCUAUUGUCCCGAACGAAUCUUGAUAAGUUAAACUUCCUAGUCUCGUAUAUUAUAUUUAUACCAUAUCAGAAGGAGUUUCUCUGCAGGGCAAAGUACAAAUCUGAAUGUGUUUGGUUUUGUUUUUAUGUAUGUGUUUUUAGGCAGUAUUGUCUGUAUCAGUUGUGUAGUUGUAGAAAUUAUAAUGAUCUCUCCAUGUUUUCUGUUUUUUUUACAUUUUGCUGGUAUGGUAUGUAUAUAAUGUACAUGCACGUGCUAUUGGCAGGGGCAUCUAGGACAAACCAACUUCAUGCCUUCUAGUAACUUUGUCUGUGAGUCAUUAUUUCCAAUGGAAAUCCCCACUUGCAGCACAAUAAUCCAUCGCUUCUUCACACUUUCUCUUUUUUCCUCUCUCCUUAUCACCACUAUUAUUUUCUUCUACAUCCAAAGAGCAAGGCUUGGCUAAAUGGGAUUGACUCCUUGUCCAUUAGCUUCAAAGGAAAUAAUAAACACACAUAGUCAGCACUUAAUAAAUGCUCGGUCCCUUCCCACUACCUACUUCAACACUCAACUAAAAGCUGCACUGAUUGGCUUCCUUUCACUUCCCUUCUUCCCUUUCCUCACCUUUUCCUGCAGAGUUACAAAAGUCUUAUCUGCCUAACAACCUGCCUCCCAGUCUUGUGAGAAUUAUAUUCCUUUAAAGGAGGGCUUGCAUGUACUGGGUUCCUUAGAGAAAAGGUGCUAACUAAAUGCAAAGUAAUAGAACAGUAAUAACAGCGCUGAGGGACUGCAGAUGGUGAACUUCAUAAAGAUGAUUGGCUCCAUGUUGCUAGAUCCCUGAAUUUGGAAGGGAGAAAAGGGAAAGAACCUAAACAGAGCCCCAAGAUGUCAGAGCAACUUCGUUAUUAUUCAUUGUUUCAUGAUUCAUGGUACGGUGGAAAGGCAUUGUUUGUAGAGAUCCCUCUCUGGUACUUACUUACCUUUGUGACCCGGGAAGGGGAACUCUUUGGUUCUCAGUUCCUUCAUCUGUAAAAGGAGUGAGGGGCCUAGAUGGCUUCUGAGAUCCCUUCCAGGUCCUAGAUCUAUGUUCCUAUCCACUACCCACCCUGUACAGCUUCUUUGCCUUUAAUUUGCCUAAUCAGAGGUAUUUCACUCCAGCUUCUUAAAGUUAUAACCUUGCAUUACUUUUACAGCCACAAUCUCCCUUGGUUUCUUCAAGGGACCAAUCACGGGAUUCAUGCUGGCUCAGAAUUUUUAGUCCACUCUCAAAGUUAUCUGUACAAAUAAGAAGUUUGUUUUAAAGUACAUCCAAAGUUGAACGUGUCUGAAGCCCUUUCAAAAUGAGGACUGGGUUUUUCAGGUACACAUCAAUAUAAAUGUUCUCCACAGACCUCACACCCAAUGACAAUACCAGAGGCAGCUAGGUUAGACUAACAGAUAAAGCACCAGCCUCUGCACCUGACUGGGAUCUCUCGAUCUUGCCUCGUGAUCCCGAUAUGGCACUCUUCUGAGUUUUGGUUUCUUCUUCUCAAAAUGGAAGGGAGCCACAGUGUCCACUCCCAAGGCUCUUGAAGAGUCAGUUGGUAGAACAGUGUGAGCUUUCAUGUUCCAAAACAUCCCUUACCCCAUAUUCAGAGCAUCUGCUAGUGGGUAUUGGGGCAUGAAUGUAUUUUUCAUGAGGGGAGUUCCUCACCCGAAUGGCAAGGAACCUACCUGGUGGGUUCUGGUAACAGGCUAUAACCCAUUCCUGUGGCAUUUGCACUGUCUUAAAAAGAAAAGAAAAGAAAAACCAUCCCUACGCCUUAUUUCCUAUUAUUCUUCAUAGAAUGUGAUCCUUAACUUUGGAGUUUUGAGGGGUUGGUUUUGGUUUUUUUAUAAAAAGCAACCCCUCCCCUUUCUGUAAAUAUUGAUAAUUUUUUUACAUGGAGGAACAGAGCAAUUUUGCUUUACUGCUGGACAGUUAGAGUAAUUUAUUACAAGGGGCUUAUGGUGGAUGGCUUACAGGUGGCUCAGCAUAUCAUGCAUGCAGGCAAAAUCCAGUAUAGUCCAAAAUGACAUGUUCCAGGUCCUCCACAGUUAUGGGAAAGGCAUGGGGAUGGGGAAGACCGUGAUAUGUUCUAGUAUUCUUAGCUUAUAUCAGUUUAUGCUUAUGAGUAAUGCCUAACACAGUAGAAAUAGAAAAUCCAGAAGAUCCAUUCAUUUAAUGCUUGAAAAAGAUAGCUAGGAAAGCUUGGUCUUUUAGGGAUAAGGGGGAAAAUUUAUUGUGUGGGUCAUUUCAAAAAAGGAGUAUAAAUUCUAAAAAUAAGAAAGAAUGAGAAUGGAAUGUUGAACAUUAGAAGAAAAGAGCUGUUGUUUUAAAAGUUUUGGACUUGUCAGAGGGAAUAGAAAGUUAUUUACAGAAUGUGAUUGGUAUGAAAGGAAAAAUAAAUGUACCGCUUUCUGAAAUUAACUGUUUCCACAUUAGAAUUGUGUAACCAUUGAAUGUGAUGUGUGUCUGCCAUUCAUUUCUGUGAAACUCUGCGGCAACAGGACCACAAUUAAAUGUGGGAAAGUGUAUCUGAAAUCCAAUAUUGCAAUGUAACAUAUUCUUACUGAUUAAAAGCCAGCAAUAAACCUGUUUAACAAUUAA